AUGCCGGAAGUCUGCGGCAAACAGAACGAAAGAACUGAGCUUGGCGGGUUGGAACAGAGAAAACAGCAGGAGCAGCCAGCCAGAACGCGACAUUCCGACGCGGCGUUUCGAGCACUGCUGCAGCCGGUCAGUGGAAUCAUCCUCGCGGCUCCAGGGAAGAAUCCGCCGUACAGCAGCACGCCGCCGGGAUUGCUGCCGAAAGAAAACGGCGAUAUAGAACCAGCAUGGGCUACUAGUUUUAGGCUCAGGAAAGUAACCAAGUGGUUAGGGGAGGGAUUUGUUUGCGGGAUUAUAGUCAAAGAGAAUAAGCAUGGCCACCAACAUAUAGUUCGAGGCCUCCGCCACCAAAGAAACCUUGGAGUAAUGGACCGUCAUUGUCAUUGUGAUCGUCUCCAUACCAUUGAAAAUAAACACCACAAACAAUUAGCUGCUUGGAUGUCGAACAGAAGCUCGGACCGGAACAACAACGUCCCGUUGGCCCUUGCUAGCUGCUAUAAACUUCGGACCAGCAGAAAAAAGGACUCUCCGUCCACCUACUAUCUCCUUUGA